GAAAAGACGUCAAUUUUGACAAUUCGCUGACUUUCAUGCCAUUUCUGAAUUCAUCAAAAUAAAUGCGAAAUAACCUAGCCUUUUUAAUAAUUUUCCGUGUUAAAUAAAUAUUUAAAUGUCUGUAGAUGCCGAAAAUGAUUUCUCCGACUUCAAACUACCACCGAUCUUUGAAGAUCUUAAUGAAAGGGUUAAAGAGUAUCUUCUGAAGCCGGAAAGGUUGUCUAUUCAUCAAUGGGAACGGUCUCAGUCUCAUUGGCAUCGCGAGUCAAACGUCGAUUCCUUAUUUAUUCAUGAUGCCGAUGAUUUUGGGCCGGACACCACACUUGAGGUGGUCAGGGACCCAAUUACCGGAGAGAUAACCGGUUUAGAAGAAGUAAGUGUACCAGUGGAAGAUGACGAGGAUAGUCUCUCAAUGUCCCGGGCUCCUCUUCCCCCGAGCCUUGCUACCAGGGGCACAACUACUCAAAGCCCUUUCUUGCCGGCUGGCUUCGAAGAAGAGUUGGAGAAAAUGCUUGCUGAGGCAGCUAAUGGAGAUGUCAAUAUUGAUCUGGAUAAUGAGGAACCUGGAAAGUUUUUGGGUGAAGACAUUCUGAACACUGCACCAGGAUCUAAAGAAACAGUACUGUUUGCUGAAGAUGGAUGCACUCUUCUCAAUGCGCCGAAGGUGUCUGAAGAGACUGCUGAGGACAAAGAAAAUGUUGAUAUUCAUGUAAAGAUCAAUUUGGAAGAAGUAGUGGAUAAUAAUGCACAUUUAGUUGAUCUUUGGAAAGAUGAGGAAGUACCAGAAAAGAAGCCUCAAAAACUAGUAAGGAAUAUAGAACUGGAUAAUGACACAGACAAUGACAAUUUCCUUGAAGCCACUAUUAUAAGGCCUCCGAUCGAGCUACCUGAGAUACCCGUGCUAAAUAUUACGAGCUCAGCUGCAAAGACUGGAGUCACGUCAACGGAUUGGGCAGAAAUGAUAGACGUGUCUCAACCUGUACCAGAAUUUAGAGAAAAGAUUAAAGACAUGGCACAAACUUAUCCAUUUGAGUUAGAUAACUUCCAAAAACAAGCGAUAUUGAAACUAGAAGAAGGUCACCACGUGUUCGUAGCGGCACACACGUCAGCCGGUAAAACUGUAGUCGCCGAAUAUGCUAUAGCCAUGUCCAGAAGGAAUUGCACCAGGGCAAUUUACACAUCACCGAUCAAAGCAUUAUCAAAUCAGAAGUAUAAUGACUUCAACAAGAUGUUCGGUGAAGUGGGCCUUCUGACUGGAGACUUGCAAAUCAAUGCCACAGCCUCCUGCCUCGUGAUGACCACGGAGAUUCUGAGGUCUAUGCUGUAUUGUGGGUCUGAUGUCACCAGAGACCUUGAGUUUGUUAUAUUUGAUGAAGUUCAUUAUAUCAAUAAUGCUGAGCGCGGCUACGUAUGGGAGGAAGUGCUAAUCCUCCUUCCAGCUCACGUGAGCAUAGUGAUGCUGAGCGCAACAGUACCCAACACUCUGCAGUUCGCGGACUGGGUGGGACGCACCAAGAAGAGGAAGGUGUAUGUCGUGUCUACACCCAAGCGACCUGUACCGCUCUGUCAUUAUCUUUAUACAGGAACGGGUGGGAAAUCAAAGAACGAGAGGUUCUUAGUGGUAGAUCAAGAAGGUAACUUCCAACUGAGAGGUUACAAUGAAGCGGUUGCUGCUAAGAAAGCCAGAGAGAAUGAAUACAAGAAGAACUUUGGACCGAAAGGUGGCAAAAUGUAUAUGAAUCCUAAAGCGGAACAAACGAUGUGGGUGGCCUUCAUUGACCAUUUGAAGCAGAAAGACAAACUGCCCGUAGUCGCAUUUACAUUAUCACGUAAUAGAUGUGACCAGAAUGCUGAAAGUUUGAUGUCUGUAGAUUUAACCACUGCGAAAGAAAAGGGUCAUAUCCGAUCAUUCUUCCAAAAGUGCCUACAAAGACUGAAAGAGCCCGAUAGAAGAUUACCACAGGUGAUAAGACUGCAAAGGGUGCUUGAAAAUGGUAUCGGAGUACAUCACAGCGGUAUAUUACCACUGCUCAAAGAAAUUGUUGAGAUGUUGUUCCAGUCUGGUUUUGUAAAAAUCCUAUUCGCGACGGAAACAUUCGCGAUGGGCGUGAACAUGCCGGCGCGGACCGUGGUGUUCGACGAGACCAGCAAGUACGACGGCCUGCAGCGACGGACGCUGGCCCCGGCCGAGUACAUACAGAUGGCGGGCAGGGCUGGGAGAAGAGGUUUGGACGAUACGGGGACAGUAAUUAUCCUGUGUAAGGAAGGUGUACCUGACCUGGUCACGCUGAAGGGUAUGAUGUUGGGCAUACCACAGAAACUAUCUUCACAGUUCCGACUGACUUACGCCAUGAUACUUAGCUUGUUACGGGCAGCCACAGUAUCAGUAGAAGGCAUGAUGCAGCGGUCAUUCAGAGAGUUCAACCAAAUCUGCCAAGCCGAUAACUACAGGAAACAGUUAGAACUUGCUGAAAAGGAGUAUUCGGAAAAAUGCAGUACACCGCUGGCUUCUCACUUGGCACCUUUAGCAGCAUUCUAUGAUACGGCAGCAGCGUACAUCGAUGUAUUGAAUGAAAUCAUGCCAAUAUUGCUCAAUACCUCUAAAGUGGCAAAGGAAAUGACUCCAGGAAAGGUACUGAUAGUGUCUGCAGGCCCUUAUAUGAAUCAGCUUGGUGUACUGUUGAAUAAUAAUGGUCCGCGACAGACGCCUUACAAAGUCCUCGUGUUGGAUACCAAGGUUGAGGACAAUGCUACAUACAAUUUUGAGGUAGACGAGAACUGGUAUAGAAUGCUCAGCUUCUCCGCCAUGUACGACUCUAUAGGCACAGAAGAAAGUACCUUAGAUCACACAAUACUAUGUAUAGCGCCCAAAAAUAUAAUAGCAGUUACGAAAAUGAAUUUGAAAAUGGAUCCUAAAAUCAUCAUAGACGACUGGGAGAAACGGCAAAUGCCUCGGUUCAAAGAUGCGCCAGUGGGUUCAAGCUGCACAAGUGCAGUACAGGAACUGUCCCGCAUCUCCCACGCCGUGUGCUCGGGCGCCACUACACUGGAGCACGUGAGCCUCACGCAGUCGCUGUCCGUCACCACCGGGGAGAUACUCUCCUCGCUCGACAAGAUGAACAAGUGCAUGAACGAACUCAAAGAGCACAAGAAAUGUACAGACAUAGCGAACUUCAAGAGCGAGUUCGCGAUAGUGUAUGAGCGCAAACUGACUGAACGUAAACGCGACAAGUAUAAACGGCUGCUAUCGUUCGAGAACUUGGCGCUGUACCCGGACUACCAGAGGAGACUGAUGGUACUGAGAGAGCUCAGCUAUAUCGAUGAACAUGACAGUGUUAUACUUAAAGGUCGAGUAGCAUGCGGCAUGGGAACAAACGAGCUCAUAAUCUCAGAGCUAGUCUUCAGGAACGUGUUCACGGACAAGACUCCCGCCGAAAUAGCGGCGCUACUGAGUUGCUUCGUCUUCCAAGCGAGGACGCAGGUGGAAAACCAGCUCACGGAGAAACUGGCUGAGGGAGUCAAAGCUAUUGAGCAGAUUGAUGCCGAGUUGACGGCUAUCGAGUCUAAAUAUUUGGUGGGCCAGUUUGAAGGUCAAGCCGAGAGACUUAACUUUGGCCUCGUGAGGGUGGUCUACGAGUGGGCAUUAGAGAAACCCUUCGCCGAAAUAAUGGAUCUCACCGAUGUACAAGAGGGAAUCAUUGUCAGGUGUAUUCAACAGUUGCAUGAGUUAUUAGUAGACGUGAAAGACGCGGCCGUGGCAGUAGGCGACCCGAAGCUCCAAGCCAAAAUGAUGGAAGCAUCCACCGCUAUCAAGAGAGACAUCGUCUUCGCGGCCAGUCUAUACACCACGCAAAAAGAAACGGUCACUACAUGAUAAUAGGGUUGCAUUUACAAUAUCAAGUGCCUUUUAAUGAAAUAUGAUUAUGUUUUAUAUGGCUUGUGCCUAGUGUUGUAUGAAUGUUUUUAUACCUAUCGAUGUUUCAAUAGAUUUUCUCGGGCACGGCGCGACAAUUUUAAAAGUGAUUUGAACAGUGUUGAUAACCGGUUUAGCAAUAUUUAGUUGUUUGUAUCUCGGUGGUUGCACUGUGCACAUCACUUAAUUGUGAAUUCAAUUGUUUUAAAAAGUCUUUUAUUAUGAAAAAUCUGUCGCUACGAUUUUACAACGAGAACUGUUCAAUGUGUUACUUUAUUUUAUAAUACUUCGAUGCGCCUGCCCAAGGAAUUAACCUAACUUAUUUUUUAUUUCAUCAAAUAUUUAUGUUUUAUGCUACCUUUUUUAUAUGCAUGAACUAUUUAUACAACCAGGAAAAUAAAAUUAUGUCUUUUUA